GAUUUAAAAUAAUCUUCUCCUUUUUCCUUAACCAAUCAAUCUAAAAUCUCACUGCAUCACCCUUUUGCUACGAUUUCUCUAGAUCUGGAGUAGUUGUGGUCCAUGGCGUCUGUAGCAGCAACUGUCAUCGUUCCAUUGGGCCUUCUCUUCUUCAUCUCCGGCCUCGUUGUCAAUCUCAUUCAGGCAGUAUGCUUUGUUCUAAUUCGGACACUUUCCAAGAAGACGUAUAGAAAGAUCAACCGUGUGGUGGCAGAGUUGUUGUGGCUAGAACUCGUAUGGCUUGUUGAUUGGUGGGCGGGAGUUAAGAUUAAAGUUUUUGCAGACCAUGAAAGCUUCAGUUUAAUGGGUAAGGAACAUGCCCUUGUCUUAUCAAAUCACAGAAGUGAUAUUGAUUGGUUAGUUGGAUGGGUUUUGGCUCAGCGAUCGGGUUGUCUCGGCAGUUCAUUAGCUGUUAUGAAGAAAUCAUCAAAAUUUCUUCCGGUCAUCGGUUGGUCAAUGUGGUUUUCUGAGUAUCUGUUUCUGGAACGAAGCUGGGCAAAGGAUGAGAACACAUUAAAGGCAGGCCUUCAACGAUUAAGGGACUUUCCACAUCCGUUUUGGCUGGCACUUUUCGUAGAAGGAACUCGCUUUACGCAAGCAAAGCUUGUAGCAGCCCAAGAAUAUGCAACCUCACAAGGAUUGCCUGUACCUAGAAACGUUUUGAUUCCUCGUACAAAGGGUUUUGUUUCAGCUGUAAGUCACAUGCGUUCAUUUGUCCCAGCCAUAUAUGACGUGACAUUGGCUAUUCCAAAAAGCUCACCAUCACCUACAAUGCUUAGACUUUUCAAGGGGCAACCUUCUGUGGUGCAUGUACACAUAAAACGACACUUCAUGAAGGAACUGCCUGAAACGGAAGAGGCUGUUGCACAGUGGUGUAAAGAUCUGUUUGUGGAGAAGGACAAGUUGUUAGACAAGCACAUAGAUGAUGAUACUUUCAGUGACCAACCAUUGCAGGAUAUUGGUCGGCCAAUCAAGUCUCUUUUGGUUGUAUCCACUUGGGCAUGUCUCAUGGCUUUCGGGGCUCUCAGAUUUCUCCGAUUGUCUUCGCUUUUAUCCUCAUGGAAGGGCAUUGCAUUGUCAGCAUUUGGCUUGGCCGUUAUUACCGUUCUCAUGCAAAACAUGAUUCGCUUCUCUCAGUCAGAGCGUUCAACUACUGCCAAGGCUGCAGCAGGAAAACUCAAGGAAGGGGAGAGUUCAGCGGCAAGACAGGAGAAACAGCAGUAGAUCGAGCUCCCUCCUCCGUAUGGCCGGGAAUUUCAUGUCUGUAUCACAUCCACUUACAUUAGUCCGUUUUCAUUUGACAUGUUUCCAAACAUAUUUCUUUUGGUCAUGAGAUGACAGAAGUGUAUGCAUUAUCAAUUCUUUGCUUUUAUGUGGUAAAUUUUGUAUUAGACAGUUAAAAUGACAGUAGCAAAAAAUGUUUGUAUUAGGAUAAUAUGUGCUAUACUGAUUCGUAACAUAUUCAAAUA